AUGUUCGCGGUCGCUCCCAUCCUCGGCGCGGGCGCGGUCGGCCUCGGCCGCGCGCGAACGCUCCCCACGUCCACGCGGAUAUCGACGUCGCCCCGCUCCACCAAUCGGGUCGCGACGGUCGUUCGCGCCGCGCGCAAGGGCUCGCCCCAGAGCGCGCAGGGCCGCAAGAAGAUGAGCAAGGGCAAGAUCGCGAAGAAGAACCAGGAGUUCAUCGAGCAAGACACCGAGAAGGACGCGCAGAUCGAGGCCAUGCGGAAGGCGGCCGCGGCGUCCCGCGCGAGCGUCGACGAGGGCGAACAAGCAUCCUCGAUGCCUCCCGGAAAGCUCGACGGCAUGAGCUUCGAGGAUAAGCUCAAGGCGGUCAAGGAGGAGGGCGCCGCGAAGCGCCAACAGAUGGCCGAGGCCGAGGCACCCCGCAAGCUCAUGGACGAGAUGCUCACCGGCAAGGCGCCCGUCAUGCGCUCCUCCAUCUACGACGACGCGCCAGCCAAGCCGGGCGGGAUCACGUUUGCGCAGGCUGGGGGCAAGACCCCGGAUGACGAGCUCAACGUCUUCGUCAAGAUCGGCGCGGGUCUCCUCUCCCUCGGCCUCCUCGUCGUCUUCAUCCCGUCCGAUUUCGUGUUCAGCACGAACGUCUCGAGCGCGCCACAGGGGGAGCUAUCCCCCGAGAUCGUCGAGCAGGUCAAGAAACAGGCUUCCAUCUACGAGGAAGCGCUGGCGUCCACUCCCGAGGACGUCGACAAGCUCCGGGGCGCCGCCGAGUCGUACGUCGUGCUGGAGGACUACACCGCCGCCAUACCGCUGCUCAAGCGGCUGCUGGAGAUCCAGCCGAGCGUGGAGAACGUGGGAAACCUCGCGGACGUGUACGCCGCCAACGGGUCACUCGCGAAAGCCGCCGAGGUGUAUCGCGACGCCGUCAACGCGGAGUGGUCGGGGGCGAGCCUGAAGCCGCCCGCGCUCGUCAAGGGCCUGGUGGACGCGCUGGACAAGGACGGGCGGUACGGCCUGAGCCUCGAGUACGUUAAGAAGUUUCGGGAGAAGGGGCAGGUGGACGACGUGGACGGCGCGCUCUUGGAGGCGAGGGUGUACAGCGGGUGGAAAGGGCACUCCAAAGAAGCGGAGAAGGCGUACCAGGACGUCAUCGACACACACGGCGACGACUUCAGGGGGUACCUGGCGAAAGGGGUGUUCUACAGGGAGAUCGGCAAGCCGGACGCCGCGGAGGGGAUGUUUCGGCAGGCCAAGGCGCUGGUGCCGGGUGAGAUGAGGGAGGUUGCGAACGCGGUCAUCGCGCAGGCGAAGGCGCAGGGCGCGCUGCAAUAG